AUGCUUCCACCCCGUCCGCAUCUGCGAACGCGAGCGGCAAGCACGCCCGACCUGCAUGACCAGACUGCGCGCCCUCCUGCGCCGCCACUGACUCUGAACGACCUGGGUACCGACUACACUCGCUACUUUAGUCCUUUUUCAGACAGCGCCAGCACCCGCAGUCGCAGUCGGCGAAACUCUUUGUCGGAAAAGCGCUCUCAAGUCAAACUCGCCGUCAGUCCGCGCACAACCACCCCUCCGCCAGGACUGCCGCCCAUAAACCCCUUUCUCACACCCACUGCGUCUACAACGGGACAUAAUGAAGGAGCGCAUGGUGUGUAUGAUGUUGAGAGAAAUGCGUCUUUUGUCGAUGACCGCUUGACCGCGCCAUAUGAAGAAAAGGGAAUGGCAUCGUGGCCGCUGAUAUGCGAUGAAGACGAAGCAGACGAUGAAAUGCACAUGCCCCGCGACGACGACGAUAUUCGCUUCCGACCAAAGAUACGCGAUCAUUUUACAAAAGAUGGCAUCGUUUCCACCAUUGGAUUGGCUCUGAUGAUGUCUGGGUUAAUGUUCAUUUUCGUCGGGCUUCCUGUGCUCUCGGCCGUAGGUGUCAUUGAUUACAACUCGGCGUAUGGCAUGCCGCUCAGCAUGUUCCCGAACCCUUGGAGGCCUCACGACUGGGCUACGGUCAACAACAAGAACUAUCCACUGCUGGAGAAUAUAAGGAGAGGCCUGAUCGAUCCCGACACGCCCAAGGCUGCAAAGACAAGAAAGGGCGAAUUCGGUGACGACUAUGUACUUGUGUUCAGUGACGAGUUCAACGACGAUGGCCGCACGUUUUAUGAAGGGGAUGAUGCGUACUUCUUCGCGCCCGACAUCUGGUACGGCGCCACCCAAGACAUGGAGUGGUAUGAUCCCGAUGCUGUGACGACACGCAACGGUUCGCUUCAGCUGCGCUUGGAGGAAUUCUUUAACCACAACGUCAAGUUUCGAUCGGGCAUGUUGAAUAGUUGGAAUCAGUUGUGCUUCAAAGGCGGUAUCUUUGAGGUUUCCGUAUCUUUGCCAGGGCCAGCCGGCGUUCAAGGGCUGUGGCCCGGUGCGUGGACAAUGGGAAAUCUUGGUCGACCAGGCUAUCUAAGUACGACCGACGGGUUGUGGCCCUAUACCUACCAAGCCUGCGAUGUGGGAAUCACGCCCAACCAGUCUAGUCCCGACGGCUUGUCUCAUUUGCCUGGGCAACGACUCUCCUCAUGCACCUGUCCGGGCGAAGACCAUCCAACGCCUGGGAUCGGAAGGGGCGCGCCAGAAAUCGACAUUAUCGAGGUUGGAGCUUUCUCAGGUUAUCCUGGACCACAAGGGCUGCCCAUUGCAACGCAGAGUUAUCAGGUUGCUCCGUUCGACAUCAACUACUACCCGAAUUACAACUUCACCGCAUUUCCGGAUCUGCGUCUGAGUGGAUUGAACACCUACACCGGCGGGCCAUUCCAGCAAGCCAUUUCAGCGACUACGGUGCUAAACAGAAACUGGUACGACAACAAGCAGUAUCAACGAUUCUCUUUCGAGUACGUACCCGGAGAAGGCAAAGACGCCUAUAUAUCGUGGACAGUAGGCAGUCAGACAAUGUUUUUCAUGGAUGGCCGCGCAAUAGGAGCAAAUGGAAACAUUCAAGCCCGGCAGAUAUCCGAGGAGCCCAUGUCGCUCAUUCUGAAUCUGGGCUUCAGUAAUUCCUGGACAUGGGUUGACUGGAAGAACCUCAAGUUCCCAACAACCAUGUACGUCGACUACGUGAGAUGGUACCAGAAGAAGGGCGAGAAGAUGGUGACAUGCGAUCCCCCGGGCUUCGAAACGACCAAGUAUAUCGAGAAGCAUCCCAAAGCCUACAGAAACCCCAAUCUUACUAUGUGGGACCAAACCGGCUACGGCUGGCCAAAACACAAACUCAACACCAAAUGUUGA